UUGGUAUUCUUUGCCUUCGCAUAUAAACCUCUCAAUAGGACUCCGCUGAUGCCGAAUGUAUGCACCGUUUAGCGACCAAGUCUUCCCCCAGGGCUGAGCAGAGUGUGGCCCGGUAUACGCUGCGGGACUACAACUCCCAUCAUUACUCACCUUUGGCUGCCUGAGUAGGGCUGAUGGAAGUUGCAGUCCAACAGCAUCUAGCGCUCCACAAAGGGCACUCGCUUCCAAAAACUGGGGUCGCUCGACCGCGCACUCCUCUGGAAUUCAGCCCUACUGACGUCACUAGGCUUACUGGAGAGUAAAUAUGCAAAACCGAGACCCCGUACUCUGAAUCACUACUAGGCGGUCAUUCGCCCUUUUAAGGAGCGAGCGAGCAAUUUGCGCGCCAUUUCGAGUUUUGGAGGCGGGAAACAAUCCUGAUCUUCCGCUGGAGAAGAAAGUUUCUUUCCGUGAUCCAAACUUAAGGGCAGGAACCAUGGCGAAGGAGCGCCGCGUGGAGUCGGUUUCCCUUUUUCAAUUAGACUGAGAUUUAUGGACUUGUACAUGAUGAAUUGUGAACUCUUGGCGACCUGCAGCGCCCUCGGCUUCUUGGAGGGGGAUACCUACCACAAAGAGCCAGACUGCUUAGAGAGUGUGAAGGACCUGAUCCGCUACUUGCGUCACGAAGAUGAGACUCGGGAUAUUAGGCAACAGUUGGGGGCAGCUCAGAUCCUACAGAAUGACCUUAUACCUAUCGUCAUCCAGUACCCUCAAGAAAAACAGCUUUUUGAUGCUGUUAUCAGGUUAAUGGUAAAUUUGACCCAGCCAGCGGUCCUCUGCUUCGGUAAACUUCCCCAGGAUGCCAGCUUCCGUCAUCACUUCUUGCAGAUUGUCUCCUAUCUUCAGGCUUACAAGGAAGCCUUUGCCAAUGAGAAGAUCUUUGGGGUGCUGAGUGAGAAGCUCUAUGAUCUGCUGCAGCUGGAUUGGGAACAGCGUCAGGAAGAGGAUAACCUGUUAAUCGAGCGCAUCCUGCUUCUUGUCCGCAAUGUGCUGCAUGUUCCAGCAGAUCCUGAUGAGGAGAAGAAUAUUGAUGACGACGCCAACAUCCAUGACCGAGUGCUGUGGGCUGUGCAUAUCAGUGGCAUGGAUGACCUGCUUAAAUUCCUGGCCAGCUCCCAGAGCGAGCAGCAAUGGAGCCUGCACGUGCUAGAGAUUGCGUCCCUUAUGUUCCGGGAUCAGAAGCCAGAGCAGCUGGCAGCAACUGGGCAGGCCCGCUCAGCCAAGGAACGGGAUGCUGACGUCACUGAGCUGGAGGCCUUGAGGCAGAAGGAACUGGCUGAGAAGAAGAGCCGCGUACUCCAGCGGAGCAGUAGGCACUCUCGUUUUGGUGGCUGUUACGUCAUCCAGGGCUUGAAGUCUAUUGGAGACAGAGACGUCGUGAUGCACAAGGGCUUACACAACGUGAAGAACUAUAGCCACGAUCUGGGCAAGGAGACCCGCCGGGUGCCAAAGAGGCGGCAGCUGGCCUGUGACACUGAGGCCGCCCCUCGCCGGUCGGCUCUCAAUGUGCGGCUUUUCCUCAAGGAGUUCUGUGUGGAGUUUUUGGAGAACUGCUACAAUCGUCUCAUGUAUCUGGUGAAGGAUCACCUGAUCAGAGAGAAAGCCCAGCAGCAUGAUGAGACAUACUACUUGUGGGCUAUGGCCUUUUUCAUGGCCUUCAACCGGGCCUACUCUUUCCAGCCUCAGCUGGUUUCUGAGACUGUUAGCGUCCGGACCUUUCACUUUAUUGAGCAGAGUCUGACCAACUACUAUGAAAUGCUGCUCCUAGAUAAGAAGGAAGCCACAUCUUGGUCUAGAAGGAUGCAUCUGGCUCUCAAGGCCUACCAAGAGCUGCUGAUGACUGUGCACGAAAUGGACCAUUCUCAAGAAGAAGCUGUGCGCCACAGUAGCCACAUCCUUAAAAAUAACAUCUUCUACAUGAUGGAGUUCCGUGAACUGUUCCUCACCCUUUUCCGUAAGUUUGAUGAGACCAAGCAGCCCAGGUCAUUCCUUAAAGAUCUGGUGGAGACCGCUCACCUUUUCUUGAAGAUGCUGGAGAGAUUUUGCAAAGGCAGGAACAACCUAGUGGUCCAGAGCAAGAAAUGCAAGAAGAGGAAGAAACCCCAGGCUCGUCCUGCUGGCUCAGGUGUGCAACCCCGAACUCCUGAACAGUUGGAGCAGAUGUGGCCAAAGCUGGCUGAACAAAUCAGUCGGUACAUGCAGGCUUCAGAGCCUCUCCCGGAAGACGUUGUUCCCUUUGAUGCGGCAUCCGAGGUUCCGAUGGAGGAGCAGCGAGCCGAGGCCAUGAUACGGAUCCAGGACAACCUGCUGGCUGACCGGGCACUCGAAGCCUUAUCCCUCUUGCGCUCAGCAAGGGAGGUUUGGCCAGAAGGAGAUGUUUUUGGGUCACCCAACCUUGAGCCAGGUGAAGAAGCUGAGCUGCUGAAACAGAUCUUCUUUGCCAGUCUCCCUCGGCAAGCACCAUCCGAGAUGGAUCAACCCGAGGAAACAGCUGAGGAAGAAGAAAUUGCUGAGGAAGAGUUGGCACCUGUACAGGUGUCAGAAAAAGAGUUUAAUUUCCUGGACUAUGUGAAGCGGUUUGCUGCAGCUAAUGUAGUCAAGGCCUAUAUCCUGCUCUUCAAGAACUACCAGCAGAACAGCCCCCACACCAACCACUGUGUGGUCAAGAUGUUGCACCGUAUUGCUUAUGACCUCAAAAUGGAGGGCCUGUUCUUUCAACUGUCUGUCUUCUGCCUCUUCAACCGACUCCUCAGUGACCCCACUGCUGGAGCUUAUAAGGAGCUGGUGACCUUUGCCAAGUACAUUGUGGGCAAGUUUUUUGCCUUAGCUUCCACCAACAAGAAGGUCUUCAUGGAACUGUUAUUCUGGAAGAGCACCGCUGUAGUACGUGAGAUGACAGAAGGCUAUACCUCACUGCGGGAGGAUGGAAGCUCUGACGCUUGCAAGGCCUCCCGGUGGACUGAGGAAGAGGAGGAGGAAUUGCGGCAACUCUAUUACAAGUAUAAGGAAGUGGAAGGGGAAGAUGUCCUUAACAACAUCCUGGCACACUUGAGCGCUCGCAACCGGACACGUAAGCAGGUGGCCAAGCAGCUGGUGCACUUGGGACUGGCCAACCGCGUCCGAGACUUCCCUCGAGAACGGAAGGGAACACGCAUUGUGCUAUGGACGCAGGAGCAGGAGCUGGAGCUUCAGCGCCUCUUCGAGGAGUUCCAGGCCACGGAUGAUAUCCUAGGCAAUGUGAUGAAGCACAUCACGGCGAAGCGCUCCAAGGCCCGCAUUAUUGAGAAGAUGCUCAGCAUGGGGCUCGUUUCGGACCGUAAGGAGCUCUACAAGAAGCGCAAGCGCAAGCCUGGCUCCUGUGGUGGGAAUACGGACAUGUUCUCCAAAGGCUUAGGUAUAGCUGACUUGGAUGAAGUUGAUGAUGAAGAAGUAGAGGAGGAGGAGGAGGAGGAGGAGGAGGACCUGGACAGUGAGGAAGAGGAGGAGCCAUCUCAGGGCAAUAGGGAUAAAGAUGUGGGCAAGAGGUCCCUGGACAGGCAGGUGAAGAAAAAGCGGGGAGCUGCAACAGACGGAGACUUGCAAGCCCUGGUGGAAAGCCUGAGGCGGGAAGGUUUCUCUGGCCCCCUGCUGUGGCUCCAGAACUGCUUGAACCGAACAGCGACAGACCGAGAAGAGGAUGGAUGCGCUCAGCCUGUGCCUUUGGUGCCACUGUCUGAAGAAAACGAGGAUGCCAUGGAGCACAAGGAUUUCCAAAAACUUCUGCGGAAAAUGGGCUUGCGGGCGCCAGCUAAUGAACAGGAAUCUUUCUGGCGCAUCCCAGCUAAACUGAGCCCAGAGCAACUACGACGAGUGGCAGCUUCCAUGGCCCCACAGGAAAUGGAGGGUGAGACUGAAGAGCGACCAGCCAUUUCAGAGGAAGACCAUCUCAGUCUAGAGGAGCCUGGGAGCCUGACAGCAGAAAGGGAGGAACCUGUCCAGCUCCCUCCAGGACCGAAACGAAGCCGCUUAAUCAGUGACAGUGGAGAGGAGGAGGAGAGCCACCAUCAAGGCUCCAGUGAUGAGGAUGAGCCACGUCCCUCUGGCAAAAGGAAGCGCCUCCGAGUUGAGGAAGAAGAGGAGGAGGAUUGAUGGCCUGGGGCUGCGCACUGGGACUGGGCCCAGCAAGGCCGGUUUGCGCAGAUGUCUAAGCCAAGGACCUGCAGCCACUCCCUUCAGACCAUGAGGAGUUGGAUGGACCAGAGUGGAAAACUGCCAGAAUCCCUGCAUUCUCCAUGCACAAUACUUUAGUUUCAGGGAAAGGGGCACAGAGACCAGACUCAUGGAUAUGAGGGGGGAAAAAUAAUGUGCCGUCAACUGAGGGUAGGGGAGGAGAGUGCAGAAGUGGCAGUGGUGCUGAUUCCCAUGCUGCUCUCAGCUCUGUGGCAGAGAUAUGAUGAGUGUUAAACUUGACGUGGGAAAUAAGCCUUCUUUUAUGAUGAGCCAGCAUGCUUCUUCCCAUGCUGUUCCCCCACCUUGCAAAGUGGUCAACUUGGUGUGAGAAAGUUCCUUUAAACUGUUCCAUGUUUAUAGCCAACUGUUUAUACCCUGUGACACCCACCUCUCGAAUGGUAUCCUUGGGCCUGACUUGUGGGUCUGCCUCAUAUCCAUGUCUACCCCAGACUGGGGCCCUCUUGCUUUUAUUCACACACUGCCUUAUGGACACCCCCACCCCACCCUCAUCUCCAUCUCUCUCUCUGCUGCUUCCAUUGCGCACUGUUUUACCUCAGACAUUCCUUCUUCAACAGCGGGUGCUGGAACUGGAAACGGAGCCCAUUUAAUGUCAUCUAUUAGGAACGGAAUAGUGACUUGCAGGGGAUGGGGUGGAUUCAGAAGCUGCCUUCUUUUCUACACACAGGAAGCAUCUCCCUCCCUCCCUCUGCGCAAAUAGAGAUGCCUGCCUCCCCUGUUGUUUGCUUUGAGCUGCUUCCUCCCCCUCUCCCUCUCCCCCCCCAUGGCUUUAUCAGUUAUUGACUUCAUUGGGCCCAUUUCAAAGGGAGGCCAUGUCAGAGAGCUUCAGACAGGAUGCCUUUUACUUGACGUUCUUACUUCGGUUCUGUCCUCCAUGUUAGGAAAGAAAUGUUUCUUCGUAAUUUGCAUGUGUGAUGUACUUUUGAUAUUAAGAAAAAAAUAAUAAGAAAUAAAAUGCCUCAAACGUUUCUUUGCCAUCUCC